AUGCUGGUCCUGGUGCUGGUGGUCCUCAUCCCCGUGCUCGUCAGCUCUGUGGGUACAGAUGCCAGCCACUAUGAGAUGCUGGGCACCUGUCGUAUGGUGUGCGACCCCUACCUGAACAAGGGCACUCCGGCCAGCAGCACCAGCUCCACCGGUCUCCAGGCUGAGGCAGAGGCACUGAGCGACCACAGCAACGUGCUUCCACCCUCCACCUUACUGCAGGGCCCACAGGGGAAGCCUGGCAGACCAGGCAAGCCAGGACCACCCGGACCGCCCGGAGAACCGGGGCCACCAGGACCAGCGGGGCCUCCUGGUGACAGAGGGGAUCAGGGAAGGACUGGGAUUUUGGGUCUGGGGGGGAACGGAGCUAUCAGCACGGCCACCUACAGCACGGUGCCUCGGGUGGCCUUCUAUGCAGGGCUUAAGAACCCCCAUGAAGGCUACGAAAUCCUCAAGUUUGACGACGUGGUCACCAACCUGGGCAACAACUAUGAUGGCCUUUCGGGCAAGUUCAUCUGCAGCAUACCGGGCACAUACUUCUUCAUCUACCAUGUGCUGAUGAGAGGAGGGGAUGGAACAAGCAUGUGGGCAGACCUCUGCAAAAAUGGCCAGGUUCGUGCCAGCGCCAUUGCCCAAGACGCUGACCAGAACUAUGACUACGCCUCCAACAGCGUCAUCCUCCAUCUGGACGCAGGGGACGAGGUUUACAUCAAACUGGACGGAGGCAAAGCCCAUGGAGGCAACAACAACAAGUACAGCACCUUCUCUGGCUUCAUCCUCUACGCAGACUGAGAACAGACAGACACAGAGACAGUCAGACAGGAAGAGAUUGAGAGAAAGAGUUGUACGCCGGGGGGUGGGGUGGGGUGUGUGUGUUAAAAGCUGGAAUGCUUUCUAGUUUUCCUAAUUCUCUCCAUCAUCACGGACACCUCUGCUUCAUAUCCAUCAGCAAAGACAUCCAGGCUCUGUAGCCUGAGCCUGGAUGCAAAGCUCCUGAGGACGCACUGAGAAGGGCCCAGGCGGGAAGGUAUGUGAGGAGAUGGGCUGUUUUUUUUUUUUUUUCUCUGCACACCUCGCCACUGCCGACGUGUCAGAAGCUCCUCGCUUUCAGUGUCUCCUCCUCUUCAGCUCUGCUCCAUUGCACAGAAAUAUCAACAAAAAUGAAAACCCUGCAAACGUGGAUGAUCUCACCUCUUCUCUCCACAGUGGCAACAGUCAGCUGUACUGUCUGGACUGUACUGAGUGGACUCAAUUGACUGAAACUUGUAGUGUUGUUCUGUGCAAAUUUUCCUUAGAUUGUGUUUUUAUUUUGUAGACAUGCAUAGUAUCCUACACAGAUGAGAUUUAAAAAAAAAAAAUAAUGAAGAAGAAUAUAUUUGUCCCUUGUGAAGAUAUUCUGUCUGACUGAGAGAGCGGUUUUGUGAGAUGUUAUAUGUGACACAGCUCAGAGAUCUAACAGCUGGAAAAGAAUUCUUUAAAUCAAGACUGUCAGUAUUUCAUGGCAGUGGGUGUUUUUCUUCAUCGCUGGGAACAGCACGGUAACUAUAUAUUGUUCAUGUGGAGAAUAACAAUACAUUCUGCACUAUACCUUCCAAUGUAUCUGAAAAAUGAAACAUCUCAUUAUAGAUAUUAUACUUUCCACAAACAACGCUGUUUCGCACACACACACACAGUGUCCUGCUGCUGUUCGGAUUAAAAGUAGAGUUCAAAUCGUCUCUUCGAUGUUCUAGUUUUAUGUAGACGCUCUACGCGACACAAGAAGCUUUGUGACCAAGCAAAAUCUCCAGAUUCAGAGGUAACCUAGUUGAAGACCUCACCUGUUCUUUCUUCUUCUUCUUUGCUGUGCCGACCCUCGAGCCCUCUUGUGAGGUAACAAAAAAAAAGAAAAAAAAAAAGUGGCUUCUGGUAGCUGAGGGAGGGAAAGUGUCUGAGAUGGGGCGAGAAGUAUGAGGUGAAUGAGAUGGUGUGGAGGUAGAGGGGAGGGGGUUCAGGCACAGUAGUGAGUGGGCAAUUUUUCUGUUUCAGUGUCUCUGAGCUUCACUGGAUGUCAUCCAUUCAUUAGCCGCAUAUUCACUGAGACACAGGCAUUAUGGUAAUAUUUACUCAACAUGGCGGCCUGACAGCUUGCUUGAGAAUGAAAUUGAUUGGAUGAGUGACUAGGUCUAUUAUGACUGCACGUUUGUGUGUGUGUGUGUGUGUGUGUAUGUCUGCGUGUGUGUUUGUACGUGUGAGUAUGUAUGUGUCUGUGCAUACCAGUGAGUGUCUGCAUUUUAGCAUGUGCCGUGCCAUAGCUACAUCGUUCCUUUUCAGAGUUAAUCUGUGCUACAGCCAAUGACAGAUAUUCUACUCAGCAGCCAAUGAGAUUGUGCUCUGUAGGGUGGGGAGCCUCUAUAGAUAUGAUGAGAAGAACAAACAGCUUGUAAAUGAAAUCUAUGACAUGUUUGUCUAUCUUAUCUUUUGGAAUUGUUGAAUACAUUUAAAUAAUAAAUGGGAUUUUUUGAGUGA